AGUUCCUCUCCAUCUCCGUGUCCCCAAGGACACAGACGGUGGAGGGGGUGGCGAUAGAAAGAGAGGAUCGAAAUUUUCUCUCUCGUUCUUCGUUCAUAACUCAAAACGGUGAAGUAGUGGAGAGAAGAACCUAUCCCCUCUUCACCCUGUUUCAAUUCAAAGAGGAAAAACAAAUUUUCUUCCACAAUAACUCAUAGCUGGAGGUGGCGAACGUUUGGAGGAAGUACAACCUAAGAAUCUGCAAAUCAUUAAUGUGACAUUGAUUACGUACUUAGUUUAGGGUUCUUUGACUCUGCAUCUUGAGCGGAAGCAGAGUUAAAUAUCAUGAGCACGCUUGGUGUGAGGCGACCUUUGAGAGGGUACGUGAGAGACUGUCGAAGGAGAAAGAUGGUGCUGGAUGUGGACCUUAAUGAGACACCUCCUGCUGAGGUUAGGGCUCUGGAGGAGAUGUUCCAGGGAGCACAGACUAGUGUGCAAGGAGGGCCUUUGCUACCUGCUGGGACGAUUGAUGUGGAUGCCAUUGAGGAGGAGGAUGAUGUGGUGAUCUCAUCCCCAAGGAGCUUUGCUGAAGCGAGGAGAAAGUCGAGGAGGAACCAUAGGGUAACUGUGGUGCUUGAUGAUGAGUCUGAUAUUAAUCAAGGCAACUCAGGGGACCCAAUUAACACGUUGCCUCUCAAUGGUCGCAACAAGCGCAGAAGAGUUCCACCAAACAAUACUUUUAUGAACUGUGAGCUCUACAUAAACUUGGAAGGCAGAAACGAUGACAAGAAUGAGGUAAAACCUCCAGAACCACCCGUACCACCACCGCCAAAGGAGCCAACCUUCACCUGCCCUGUUUGCAUUGGCCAACUAGUUGAGGAAACGUCAACUAAAUGUGGCCACAUCUUCUGUAAGGAUUGCAUCAAGGUUGCUAUAACUUCUCAGCAUAAAUGUCCUACCUGUAGGCGAAGGCUGACAAAGAGAGACAUCAUGAGGAUCUACCUUCCAGCUGCCAAUUGAGCUAAUCUUAUGAUACCCAUAAGAUUUAUUUAAGGUGGGUUUGCAUCAUCAGCAUAUGGGGGCAUAGACAGGGGGAAACAUUGCAGCAUAGCUUGGGAAGGAACAAGGGAUGACAUGAAUCUCUCAGUCUCUGUUGAUUCUAAAUCUAGGUUUAGGGUACUUUAUUUGGUUGAGAAGUUCAAAAUCCCAAAUGGUAAUUGGUUUAGGACAUGUCUGGAUCCUUCCCUUCAGAUUAAUAAAUGUCAGAACUUUCUUUA